GCUUAUCAGGUGCUGGAGGUGCCGGGAGGGGAGCGGAGGUGCCGGAGGGGUGUGGAAGUGUUGCCUGCAAGGGUGUGAAAGAGCUACACCCAGCUGUGGCACCCUCCUGCCAGGGGCACCGUACUGGGUGCAGCCCCUAAAACCCUCAGGGGGACCCAGCGGGUGCUGCCCUGCUGUACUAAGCCCUGUCAGAGUGUCGGGGUGCCCCCUGGUACUCUGGGGGUGCUGAAAGGCCCUUUUGUCCCUCCUGCGGUAGGCAGGGCUGGGUCUCGCUGCCAGCUGGCACAUGGUGGCUCCGUGCCCGCCCUCCCCGCAGGGCUCGGUGUCACCGCCCUUUGCCCAGCCCCGCGUUAAUGAUCCACCCGCCGUGGUGGCAGCGUGGUGGCAGCGGCAGCAGGGCCGGGGGUCCCUGGCACGGGAGGCUGGGGAGGAGCUGGUGGCUCCCUGCCCCGUUCCCCAGCGGGCAGAUAAGAGCGGCUGCGGGCAGCACGCCCUGCCCAGCGCGGCGUGGGCACAGAGCAUGGCCACGGUGAACCUCCGUGCCCUGAGCUCCUGGGUGGGCAUCGCCCGGCUCCUCGCCGUGCUGCUGUCCUGCCUCACCUUCAGCUUGGUGGCCUCCACCGGGCACUUUGGGGGUCCCUACGGGACGUGGUGCAUGUUCACCUGGUGCUUCUGCUUCGCCGUGACGCUGCUGGUGCUGCUGCUGGAGCUGCUGGAGCUCUACCCUCUGCUGCCGCUCUCCUGGGAUGACUUCACCUCGGCUUUCUCCAUGCUGGCCGCUCUGAUGGUCUUCACCUCCUCGGUGGUGUUCCCUUCCACCUUGAUCCGCAGCCCCUGCAGCGGCAGCCGCUGUGCCCGGCAGGCCGUGGCCACCGCCGCCUCCUGCCUCUGCUUCCUCGCCUACGCCGUGGAGGUGUCGCUGACCCGCGCCAAGCCCGGGGACAUCAGCAGCUUCCUCUCCACCGUGCCUGGCCUCCUCAAGGUCUUUGAAGCCUAUGUGGCCUGCCUGAUCUUCUCCUUGCUGGACAAAUACAAUGGGGAACCUGGCCUGAUGUGGUGCGUGGCUGUCUACUCCAUCUGCUUCAUCUUCACCCUCCUCAUCAUCAUCUUCACCAUCGGUCGCUGCCUCGCCUACAUUCCCUGCCCGCUGGAGAAGGUGCUGGUGGGCUACAACUUCCUGGCCCUGCUGAUGUACCUCACUGCCACCAUCCUGUGGCCUCUCUACAGCUUCCGGGGACAGAGCCGCCCCGACCCCUGCGACUCGGAGUGCUGGUGGAACAAGCACCUGGGGGUCACCUUCCUCACCAUCUUCAACCUCAUCGCCUACUUGGUGGACCUGGUUUACUCCACCAGGAUGGUUUUUUUCAGGGCACCUCCCUAAGGGCUCGGGGGGGGCUCGGGGCGGUGGCAGUGCCAGUGCUGGUGGUGGUGGCGGUGCCGGUGGAGCUGAGGAAGAGGCCGGGUGCCUCGGAGAGCUCCUUGUCCCCACGCUGCACAGAGAGCCGGGAGUGCUCCCAGGGCUGCACAGACAGGGGGCUGGAGGGGCCACCACGGGCUCCCGAAACUCUGGAGUUUGAGGGGGUUUUGGGAUUAAAUUGGGUCAUUUUUCA